GAACAUGAAACAAAUUCGCGCCCAUUCAUUCGUGUCCAAUUUCCUUUUGAUGUUGACUCAGCAAGCCUAAUCAAAAAUAAAUAAAAUACAAAAAUACGGCGUUCUAUAACAACCAAUCACUUGCUAGGUGUGCGCGAUAACUAUACCGUGAUUGGUCUAAUUUCCGUGAAGCGCUUGAAAUUUUCCCGCUGGUUUCGUUCGACGCUGUUUCCAGCCAGUCAUAUCUCAGAACCGGAGGGUUGUCGACGCAUGACGCGUGUUUCCAUGCGAAGUCAGUCGUUAUGGCGACCGGUUUUGUAGGCUCUACGAAGAGUUUUCCAUUCUCGUUUGACGUGGAUGUGGAAGAAGAUGAGCAGGGACGAAGUACUCCGCGCCUCAAUAAGCGCAUCGGUAGCGAGAGUCCAACAAGUGCGGUAGGGGCGGAGGCUCCCCGGGAGCUCCCGAACGAGCUGUCGGCGCCCUACGAGGUGCCGCAGUUCCCCAUAGAGCAGAUUGAGAAGAAGCUGCUCAUACAGAGACAACUUAAUGUCAAGGCGGCAGAAUGCGGUCAAUCAGUCCGUUCGUUCGGCGGCAGCGAGGCGGGCGGCGCGGGCGCAGUGUUCGACGAGCGGCUGCGGGCGGCUGAUGAUGAGGAGACAGACUUCGUGCUGCCACACUUCCAGAGAGUUGCUAUCAGUGGGGAGGAUACUUCUGGAGUCCCUCUAGAAGAUCUGCAGCAAGCCUCUUCGUACCUGGUACAGGCUCUGGAGAUGCGCAAGCGGUACAUGGAGAUGUCGCAGCAGAGCUACGCGACCAUCACGGCGCGGUUCGUGCGCAGCACUGACGCCAACGCGCCCGCCUACGUGCCCAGCGUGCACGUGCAAAAGCAUAUUGCUGAUCACAUCGUCCACCCACCAUUCAGAGCGGGCAAGGACCCCUGGGAGUGCCACAACCCUGACCCAGUGGACUACAUCAUCAGACCAGACCGGGGGGUGUUCAACCUCUACAAGAAGGGAGAGGAUGGCCAGGAGACGCGGCUGCCGUACGAGUACAUCACGCUCCAGCAGUUUAUACAGGACAAGAAUACUAUGUGUAAUAUGAUGUCUGAUGGACCGCUCAAGUCGUUCUGCUACCGUCGUCUGUCGUACCUGUCGUCCAAGUUCCAGCUGCACGUGCUGCUCAACGAGCUUCGAGAGCUCGCCUCGCAAAAGGCUGUGCCUCACAGGGACUUCUAUAACAUCAGGAAAGUGGACACCCAUAUCCACGCAGCGUCGUGCAUGAACCAGAAACACCUAUUGCGCUUCAUUAAGAAGACUUUGAAGAAUCAUGCUGAUGAGGUGGUGACUCUCCACAAGGGUACUCCGAUGACGCUGAAGUCAGUGUUCCAGUCUAUGAACCUCAGCACCUAUGACCUCACUGUGGAUAUGCUUGAUGUACAUGCGGACCGCAACACGUUCCACCGUUUCGACAAGUUCAACGCGAAGUACAAUCCCAUCGGCGAGAGCAGACUGCGCGAGGUCUUCCUCAAGACUGACAACUACAUGAACGGGAAGUACUUCGCUAGGAUCAUCAAGGAAGUAGCAUCAGACUUGGAAGAAAGCAAGUACCAGAACGCAGAGCUUCGACUGUCCAUCUACGGCAAGAGCCCGGGCGAGUGGGCCAAGCUCGCCAAGUGGGCCAUCCAGUACAACGUGUACUCCGACAACGUGCGCUGGCUCAUACAGAUCCCUAGGCUAUACGAUAUCUUCAAGUCAAACAAGAUAAUGACGAACUUCCAGGAGUUCCUCAGCAACAUCUUCCAGCCGCUGUUCGAGGUCACCAAGGAUCCCAACAGCAAUUACGAACUGCACAAGUUUCUUACUCACGUGGUAGGCUUCGACAGCGUAGACGACGAGUCGAAGCCAGAGAACCCGAUGUUAGACGCCGACGCCAAGAGCCCUGAGGAGUAUGAUGAUGAGGAGAAUCCGCCCUACGCGUACUAUCUGUACUACAUGUACGCUAACAUGACCGUGCUGAAUCACUUCAGGAAGGAACAAGGACUGAACACAUUCGUGCUGCGUCCUCAUUGUGGUGAGGCAGGUCCAGUUCAACACCUCGUGUGCGGCUUCCUGCUCGCUGAGAAUAUCUCCCACGGACUGCUGCUUAGGAAGGUGCCAGUUCUGCAGUACCUGUACUACCUAGCACAGAUCUCCAUCGCGAUGUCUCCUCUGAGCAACAACUCUUUGUUCCUGAACUAUCACCGCAACCCGCUCCCCGAGUUCCUCGCGCGAGGACUCUGCAUCACGCUCAGUACUGACGACCCGCUGCAGUUCCACUUCACCAAGGAGCCGCUGAUGGAGGAGUACAGUAUCGCGGCACAGGUGUGGAAGCUGAGCUCAUGUGACAUGUGUGAACUUGCCAGAAACUCUGUGCUCAUGUCCGGAUUCCCGCACGAGAUGAAGCAGUACUGGCUGGGCCCCAACUACAUGAAGGAGGGCGUGGCCGGCAACGACAUCACCCGCACCAACGUGCCCGACAUCCGCAUCUCCUUCCGACACGAGACCCUGCUCGACGAACUCACCAACAUAUUCAAGGACGGUAUGUCAGCUCGGAGAUAAACAUCCACAAACGAGACAGUGGAUGCUGCAAAUGACAACAAACAUUAAUAUUAUAAAACUUUACUAAUUUUUAACAUUUACUAAAAGCAAGUUAGACUGUAUAUUAAUUAAUAAUAAUCAAUAAUUGUUUUUUUAUAUAUAAAAAUUACGUAAAACCAGGGCUAUAGUGCCUCAAAAUAAAAAAAGUAAGUUUAUUGUAAUAAGGAUAGAUCCUAUAGAUUACCCCUUGUGAUAAUUAGGCGAAAAUGAAAGAUUGAAAGUGCCAUUUCAUUGUUAAAAUGAAUGUUUUGCUGCUCUUGAAUUUAUUGAAUUAGAAUAGGUAUUAUGGACUGUGAGUGUGGCUGACUUUUUGAUGAUGAUAUAAUCGAGAUUUAACUGGUGUGCGGCACUCUCUUUAGCAAACUAAUGUGAGGGCGAACAAUGUUAUAUUUUUCGUUAGCGAACAAACAUGCUUGAAUAUUUUUGGUAGUAUCUCGCUGUAAGUACCCCAAUUAUUAAGACUGCUACGAAAGAUCUGAAUUGUAACAAGUAAAUUGUGCAACGAUCUUAACUGACAAGAAUACUGCCAUGAAAUUUUUGAAAGCAGUUGACAUUCAUUGAAUUACCCUUCUGAAUAUUUCUUUACAGCAUUUAUUUUUAUACGUUAGGAUAUCAGAGCCUUCACAAACUUCCACAUUCACAGUCGAUAGAACAUUUAAAAUCUUAUAAACUAAGUAGAAUUUAUUGUGAAGCUUAAUCAAUUGUACAAUUUUUAUACCUUAUCAUACAAACCACAGCUCACGCCAAUCGUAUUUUUACUAACAUAUUUAUCAAAAUCCUUGAAUCAAAUAUUCAAAUCAGUAAUUCUACUAACAAUUUUAAAUACUACUGUUUUUACUUUAUUAAUUACUCCUAUCCAUCGAAGAUCUUCAAUGACCUCAAUAACUUCAACUUUCUAACUUUUCUUUAGUAUAGUUUUCUCUAUUAUUCUUAAGGACAAAAUAUCUAUUCCAUUUUGUAUAUCUUUAGCUUAGCUUAGUGAGCUGUGGGACAAGCUUUACUGGUUGUAUCGUACUAACUUUGUGAUUGUUUUUGUGUUACUUGUGACUACAUCAUUUUGUUAAUACAUCAGUUUAUAACAUCACUGAAAUUAUGUUCAAUAUCUUCCUAAAGGUCUUGACCUGAGAACGAUUGCAUUUGUUUUUCUGAGAGAGAUCGGAAUAUAAUUUCAGUGAUUGAUUUCGCAUUUUGUGCUUCUGCUCAAAUGGUAUGGGAUUGUGAAAUGUCCUCUCUAAUUUAUUUUCUUUACACUUAUUUGAAAAAAUGGGUCUUUUUUAUUGAAAUGCAUCUAAAUCUUUACAGAAUCGCAGUUUUUAACGGAAUCAAAACGGGUUUCUUUACAAACUCUUCACAACAAGAGACAGCAAUAUAUUUUUGACAGAUUUUUAUUUUCCUACUCUCCCUUUUACCUUGUAAAUAAUAUUAUUCCAAGAAAUCAUGAUCCACAUAACAUUUGCAUGGAAUUUCCUAAGCUAUGUCGUACUUAACUUUUAACACGACUUGUGAAUUAAGUUUGUACCAAUAUUUAUGAACCAUAAUAUAAUAUAACAUGUUAUCAUUGUUGAAAAUAAAAUUUCUCAUACCGGAA